AUGGUGAAACAAAGUGAUGAAAUAGUAAACAUAAAAUUACCAUUUGAUAACGAAGUAUGUAGUGAUUACUGGACAAUAAAUCACUAUAAAAUAAAAAAUAUUCAAAAUCUUAUUGCUACAGACAGAUGGAAAGAAGCUGAGUGCAGUGUAAAAGUAUCGAUAACUGAUUUAGCAAAGGAUCAAGGACUCGCAAACGAUUUAUCCAACAUCAUACUAACAAUAUUUACACGAUUCAUGUCUAAUCCAAACAAGAAAAUAGGAUGUAUUAAAAAAUCAAAAUCAUAA